UCGCGCUACAGCCGCUCGGUGGGGAAGGUCGCACUCAUAACUUCAACAUGCUGUCAGUUCGUGUGGCAGCGGCUCUUGCCCGCACCCUGCCCAGACGAGGCACCUUUGUUUCUAAGAAUGUCGCUGCUGCCUGCAUGGGGGUGAAGAACCUGCACACAACAAGCCCAUGGAUGCAGAAGACUGGCACUGCUGAGGUUUCCAGCAUUCUGGAGGAGAGGAUCCUGGGGGCCGAUACCAAAGCAGAUCUCGAGGAGACCGGGCGUGUGUUGUCCAUCGGUGACGGUAUCGCCCGUGUGUACGGGCUGAGGAACGUGCAGGCCGAAGAGAUGGUGGAAUUUUCCUCCGGCCUGAAGGGUAUGUCUCUGAACUUGGAGCCUGAUAACGUCGGUGUGGUGGUGUUCGGUAACGAUAAGCUGAUUAAAGAGGGUGACAUCGUGAAAAGAACUGGUGCCAUCGUGGACGUGCCAGUCGGCGAGGAGCUGCUCGGCCGUGUCGUCGAUGCCCUGGGAAAUGCUAUCGAUGGCAAGGGUCCUCUUGGAUCUAAGCAGCGUAGACGAGUCGGCCUAAAGGCCCCUGGCAUCAUCCCCCGUAUCUCUGUGAGGGAGCCCAUGCAGACUGGCAUCAAGGCCGUGGACAGUCUGGUGCCCAUCGGCCGUGGACAGCGAGAGCUGAUCAUCGGUGACAGGCAGACAGGCAAAACCGCUAUCGCCGUUGACACAAUCAUCAACCAGAAGCGCUUCAAUGAUAGCACAGAUGAGAAAAAGAAGCUGUACUGCAUUUACGUAGCUAUCGGACAGAAGCGUUCCACCGUGGCCCAGCUGGUCAAAAGGUUGACCGAUGCCGAUGCCAUGAAGUACACCAUUGUGGUGUCCGCUACGGCCUCAGAUGCCGCCCCACUGCAGUACCUUGCACCCUACUCUGGCUGCUCUAUGGGAGAGUACUUCAGGGACAACGGCAAGCAUGCCCUUAUCAUCUAUGACGAUCUUUCCAAACAGGCUGUGGCCUACCGUCAAAUGUCCCUGCUGCUGCGUCGUCCCCCUGGUCGUGAGGCCUACCCCGGCGACGUCUUCUACCUGCACUCGCGUCUGCUGGAGAGAGCUGCCAAAAUGAACGACAACUUCGGGGGCGGCUCCCUCACCGCCCUGCCUGUGAUCGAGACACAGGCCGGAGAUGUGUCUGCUUACAUUCCCACCAAUGUCAUUUCCAUCACUGAUGGUCAGAUCUUCUUGGAGACAGAAUUGUUCUACAAGGGUAUCCGCCCUGCCAUUAACGUGGGUCUGUCUGUGUCCCGUGUCGGUUCCGCUGCCCAGACCAGAGCUAUGAAGCAGGUUGCCGGUACGAUGAAGCUGGAGCUGGCUCAGUACCGUGAGGUUGCCGCCUUUGCCCAGUUCGGCUCCGAUCUGGAUGCCGCCACCCAGCAGCUGCUCAACAGAGGUGUCCGACUUACAGAGCUGCUGAAACAGGGACAGUAUGCUCCCAUGGCCAUUGAGGAGCAGGUCACAGUCAUCUAUGCCGGUGUGAGGGGUCACCUGGACAAAAUGGAGCCCAGCAAGAUUACCAAGUUCGAGAAAGCUUUCCUGCAACACGUUCUGAGCCAGCAUCAAGACUUACUCGCAACCAUUCGGGCUGAUGGAAAGAUCUCCGAGGCAGCAGACGCCAAGCUGAAGGAAGUCGUGCUGAACUUCUUGUCUAGCUUUGAGUAAUGUUCCCCCACUUUUGCUAAUGUAUUGUCAAUGUUUGCAUAUACUGCGCUGGUUAAGUUUAUAACGUCAAUUCAGGUGGCACUUGAUCGUCAAUGUACAGAGAACUCCACAAUAAAAGUGUUCUACACUA